GGCUCUAGCUAUUUGGACGCGAUGUGUCCCAGGUGAAGCCUGGGAGCUCAGCGCAAUUUGUGUGUUCUGUCAAAAUUCGCCGUCUCUAUCCUGGCUCCGAAUGUCUCGCACUCCAACCACGUGCUGUUUGAGCUUGCUUCCAAGGUUGCUCCUGCUAUCGCUUGCACCACCAGCUUCUGGGUCACGCGUGUCAGUAAAUCUCACCGAGAACCUCACUGACGCGGUGGCACAGUUGGUAUCGCAGUUCCACAUUAACGUCAAGAACACGCUUUGUCUUUCGCCGAACCUCGAUGCUUUUGAAGGUAUUUUGAACAAGUAUCCAAAGACUGUGAAGGCGAUCCAGACGGCAGGCCAGAAAUGGGCGAACAAAUAUAAUUGUCGCCUCUGUCAUGUAUCCGCGCAGCAGGCGACGAUGGACCGUCCGAAAGUAGACUGCGCAGCAGAGACAGGCACUUUGACUUCUGGCAACAUUGCAGAAGCAUGUUUGUCGAGCAAUGGCAAGGUUGGAUGGCAAUCGGGUAAGAACGUCUGCCUUCCGUGCCCGAAGGAGUGCGAGUCUUGCGAAAAACCUGGCACGCUUGACGUAUCAUACUUGAGCAGCAGGUGGUUCAAAUGUGUGCUUCCUUCAGAGUCAAGCAAUUUGGGGCCCAGGAUGCCCCAGCCGUGGAAGUGCGAGCCCGUCGCAGACAGGAGAAAGCAGCGCGGCCAGAGUCAGUGGUGCCGAUACCGCUACGACCUCGCAGACACGGCAUCGGGGGAAACGCAGCCCUCGAGCUCUGGCACGUGGGAUUUACGCGUUACGGCCGCCCCUUGCAAUGCACAGCUGGAGGACGCUCAGAGUAGAGGGGUGGCUGGCAUCAUGCAGGCCGUGAAGCCGGCCUUGGACAAGCAGUGGCAAAGAAAUUGUGCGCUCUGCCGAAUCACCGCGGGUGGACCGCUCUCGCAGCUCCCGGCGGAAGAGUUCAAGCUGGGCACGAGCAGCUCUCGGCCAUGGGCUGACAGCGUGUGCGCUUACGACGAGCUCGGGAACGCAGCGUGCCGUCGCGACCGCGGGUCGACGGGAUGGAACAACGAGGUCGGCUGCAACCCCUGCCCCAUCGAGUGCGUCUCCUGCACAGACUCGACCUCCUCCUGGCUCUUCAGCGGCAAAGGCUUCAGCUGCAAGUUGGCCCCUUCCGUCCCCGCGAAGGCUCAGCUGGGGCUCAUACUCGCACCCGAGGGCCCGGCGACGCUCGAGGAGAGCUCGCCUCCUGCCACUCCGGAGGGCUACGACUGCGAGCAGCCGAAGAAGAGGGCCUGCACGAGCGGCGACGGCCUGUGCAUGGGCUACAAGACGCGGUGCAAGUACCGAGACUGGGCGGACUGAUCGAAGAAGUGCGUGCGUGCGGGCGGGCGUGCGUGGGUGUGUGUGUGUGUGCAGUUCUGCGGUGGGGGUGGUGCCACGGCAGAGGCCCGCCUCCGCCGUUCUCGUCCUCGUCCUCGUCCUCGUCGUUCUCGUCGUCCUCGUCUUUGUCCUCGUCCUCGUCGUCGUCGUCGUCGUCCUCGUGUGUGUGUGUGCACGGUUCUGCUUCCUCUGCCUACGUGCUCCCGCGCUGGGCCCGGGAUCGGCCUGGCCGCGGCCCAGAGUGCCUGUGAACGUGGCGUCUCGCUCGGAGACCUCAGCGGCGGGCGGCGCUCUCCGGCGGCAGAUGCCGCCACAGGGAAAAAAGGACGGCGUCUCCCGCGCGCAGUGUGCGUCGUCGAUCGUCGCCAUUGGGCGCCUCGAGCUUUGGC